UCAAUUUUAAUUAUUGCAUCAUUUUCAAUAGUUCUGAUUCGCGCUUCACUGCAAGUACAUGCAACUGACAAUGAGAGUAGGUUGGCAUCGGCGACGUAGCAAAUUGAUGGCGCAGACGUUUAUUUUUAUGUAAAUACAUUUAAUAUGCCUAAUCAAAUUCUACUCUUCAGUCUACUUAAAACAAAUAUUUUCAUCUUUGUAAUAGGUUAAGAAUGAUGGCACACCUAAAGUGCUUUCUGUGCACACAAUUUUUCAAAAAAUUCGACGAAUGGACUUAUCACCUGAAAUUUCACCAUGCGUUGUAUUUGUCACAAACCUUACCCAAUGGUUAUCCGUGCCCGAUAGAAGGAUGUGCUCGAAAUUUUACUUUUUUUCAACCACUGAGUAAGCAUAUCCGAGACAAACAUGGAACUGUAAUAUUUCCCCGAAGUCUAAACACCGCCACUAUUGUUGAAGAUAACGAUUGUUCUGCAAGUGUUGACGAUGUUGAUAACCAUUCCCCACCUAUACACCACGCAGAUGAGCAGUUCGCGCCGCCUUGUGCAGAAAAUAAAAACAGUUUCUCAUUGCAUCUGGCAGUAGUAAAAAUGGUGGCAAAACUUCAAAGCAAGGCUAAUAUGAACACCGCAUCUAUUUGUUACAUUCUUGAUGUACUUGAAGAAAUUUUCAGCGAUACGGUUGAAUUUUUAAAACACCAGGUUCAAAACUUCAUUCAGCAUAACGCAAUUGCAAUAGAUUCACCAGAUGUUGUCGAACUUAUUCAGAAAUUUGAUUUUGGGAAACCAUUCGCUGAUUUAAAAACAUUGGACGGGCAGAUUCGUGCUGUUCGAAAUUUCGGUUCAUAUAUUGAGCCUAAAGAAAUACCUCUUGGACAACGUAUAGACCAGGUACUUGACAGAAAAUCACAAGAAUAUGUCCCAAGAGCAGUAUAUGAAACAUUCCAAUAUGUAUCAGUCAUCGAAGUUCUUAAAGUAGUCAUGGCAAAUCAAGAAAUACGCACAGCUAUCGAAUCAGAAAAGCCAGCAGAGGACGGAGUUCUUUCUUCAUUCAUUGAUGGAAAAACUUUCAAAAACAGCCAAUUCUUUCAAAAAUUUCCCCAUGCAUUACGUCUUCAGUUAUACUAUGAUGAACUAGAAAUAACCAAUCCACUUGCUUCCAAGCGAGGUGUGCACAAAUUAGGCGCAUUUUAUUACAUCAUACAGAAUUUACCAGACAACAUGCGCUCUCAAUUGAACAGCAUUCAUGUACUCUGUUUAUGUUAUUACGAAGACGUAAAGAAAUAUGGUUUUCAAAAAGUACUGGAUCCAUUUCUGAGUGAAUUGAAAUUACUGGAAAGUGACAAUGGGGUUCGUGUGAAUUUGAAUGGCGAAGACUUGACAAUUCGUGCCAGUAUUGCUGCGUUUUGUGGCGAUGGUGCUGCCGUGCAUGAUGUCUAUGGAAUGCUUAGUCCUUCAGCUAAUAAAUUUUGCCGUCUUUGUUUGAUACGCAGACAAGAUUUAUUGAAUCAUGAUAUCACACCUAAACAAGAAAGAACUGAGGAAAUUUUCAAAAACCAUGUAGCUCAAAUCAUGCAAAUAAUACAAAAUGGCGGUAACCAGAACGAUUUCAUGACUCAGACUGGAGUUCGAAAUGACAGUCCUCUUAAUAAGUCUAAAUUUUUCCACAUAGCAAAUAACAAAGUAUUCGAUCCAAUGCAUGAUAUACUUUGCGGAAUAGCUCCGAUGAUUUUAAAAUUGGUAGUCAAGUAUUUCGUGUAUGAAGCUCAUUUGUUCACUCUCGAUCAUCUCAACGCUAUGAUAUCUUCUUUUCAUUAUGGAAUCCUCGAAAUAAAGAACAAACCUUCUGCUAAUUUUAUAGAAUCGACCAUACGUUAUUCCAAAGACCAUGCUCUAAGCCAACGCGCUAUGCAAAUGUGGUGUUUGGUCCGUGCAUUUCCAUUCUUGGUGUGUGACCGAGUACCUGAGAACGACAAAUACCUAAAACUAAUUCAUCUUCUGCUAAGAGUUAUGGAAAUUGUAUUCGCUCCACGACUUACUACAAGUAUUUUGCCAUACCUGAAUGAACUGAUCACUGAUUUAUUCGAUGUAUUUCACAAUCUUUUCCCAAAUGUUUCUGCAAUAAACAAGUUCCACCAUUUGACUCAUUAUCCUGUGUGUAUGCAAUGGUCAGGACCAAUGGUACAUUUGUGGUGUAUGCGCUUUGAGGGAAAACACGGUUCACUCAAGAAAAGAGCGCAAGUUGUAAAUAAUUUCAAAAAUUCUCCUAAAACUUUACUACGAGUCUGUCAAUUUACUCAAAGUGCAUAUUGGGGUAGCGGAACAGUUGAUUUAAAUCGUACGAAGAUUGAAAGCGGAGAAACAAAGAAGAUUUUCUCAACAUUGAGCCAUAUGCAACUGAAUCUUCUAGGAUACUCUUCAAAUGACGAUAUUUUUGUAACUAAAAGUGUUAAAAUUAAUGGUAUAUUGUUUAGAGUAGGCUUAUAUUUGGUAACUGAUCCAUAUGCUGAAAAUGAACUCCCAGUAUUCGGAAGAAUUAGAGAAAUAAUUGUAUUAGAUCGAUUGAAUGUGUAUUUUUAUGUUACUUAUUGUUCUACAACUUGCUUUGAUCCAUUUUUUAAUGCAUAUGUUGUUGAAGAUGACGAUGAUUCUGAUUCUGCUUUAAUAUCUAUUCAGGAAUUAAAAUUUCGUGUAGUUUUAGACACUUGGAUGGCUCAAGGCCGCAAGGAAAAAUUCAUUAGUUUACGUUACAUAUUAUUUUAAUCCUAUUUACUUAUACCUAUAAUUCCGAAAAAAUCGA